AUGAAACCAAUUGAUGAUAUACCUUCAAAGCUUCUGUGCAAAGUUAAUGAUGUUGAACUUAAGGUGGAUAACGAUACUGAUGAAGUAUUUGUUAAGAUUUCUUUGGUUCUAGAUACAGUUGAAGUUAGAACCCCUAUUCCUAAUGCCAUUCAUGAAAGGACAAAAUAUUUCACAAAAGUUUUAACUGCCUCAGAUAGCAGUACACAUGGUGGAUUUUCUAUCUUGAAAAGACAUGCCAUUGAAUGUUUUCCUCCACUGGAUAUGUCUCAGCCUACACCGAGUCAGGAAAUAGUUGCUAAGGACCUCAAUGGCUAUGAAUGGAGAUUUAAGCACAUAUAUAGAGGUACACCAAAGAGACAUCUCUUUACCACUGGUUGGAGUACAUUCGCGACUGCUAAAAAAUUAGUCGCUGGGGACUCAUUUGUUUUCAUCAGAGGAGAGAAUGGGGAGUCACUAGUUGGAAUCAGAAGAGCAUCUCAUCAACAAGGCAAUAUACCUUCAUCAAUAAUUACAAAAGAGAAUAUAUACAAUGGAGUAACUGCUUCUGUAUGGAAUGCUAUUAAGAACGAAGAUGUGAUCACUGUGUUUUAUAAGCCAAGGUCAAGCCAAUUCAUCAUCAGCUUGGAAAAAUUUGUAGAUGCAAUGAAUAAAAAGUUCGAUGUACACUCGAGAUUUACCAUGCCGUUUGAGAGUGCUGAUUUUACUGAAUUAAGAUAUUCUGGGAAAAUUGUGGGAAAAAAAGAUUUCUCCUCGCAUUGGAAAGAUUCAGAAUGGCGAAGCUUAGAAGUGAAAUGGGACGAGGCUGCAUCGAUUCCAAGACCUGAUAAGGUUUCACCCUGGGAGAUUGAGCAUUAUGCAUCUCCAUCUAAUAUUCUCCAAUCAGCUUUGCUCAAGAAUAAACGUUCACAUGAUAGUAAUGAAACUGGUUCAAAACUUUGGACUCAUACAUUGACUCGAGGUCAGGAAAUUGGACAAUCAAGCAUGACCUCUUCGAUAAGUGUUCGUCAGCGUAAUGCAACGGACGACUCCAAGAGUCCAUCUAGUUGGUUGAUGAACCACUCAGUCCCUACCAUUCCCAAAGUGAACUCUAACGACCAAAUGGUUGUGCAUGUGAAAGAAAAGAUGACCACCGAUGCUACAGCUAGUUACAGAUUGUUUGGAGUUGAUCUGAUGGCGGAAGAUCACAUGGAACCAAAUGGCUCACACCAGAAAGCUAUAGAUUUCAAAAUCUUGGAAGAAAAAAAGCUUGACCAAAUCCAAAAUUUGACGUCACCAAAAGAAAUUAAAGGCAAGCAAAUCAUAUCUACAGGAAGUCGUACCAAGGUUUUCAUGCAAGACAGAGGCAUAGGAAGAGUUGUGGACUUAACUCUUCUUGAUGGAUACAAUCACUUGAUCAAUGAACUGGAGAAACUCUUUGAUCUCAAAGACGAGCUCCAUAUGAACAAUCACUGGGAAAUUGUUUUCAAGGAUAAUGAAGGAGAUGUGAUGCUUGUUGGAGAUGAUCCAUGGCCCGAGUUUUGCAAGAUGGUAAAGAAAAUAUUCAUAUGCUCAAAAGAGAAAGUCAAGAUAAUGGAGCUAGCUGGGAACAAGUCCCCUGAAAGUGGCUGA